AUGCAGGCGCCCCCGCGCGCCCGAGCGCGGAUCAUCCGUGCUCUCCGGAACCAGCAGCCGUCGAAGGUGGAGUCCUGGAUGGGGGGGCUCUCAGAGGAGUGGCGCGCCAGGGUGGCGGCCGCCAUCGCCCGCCCCCCGGCAGGUGGUAACUCUUCGGAUGAGGAGCCCGCGGCGGUCGAGCAGGAGGAAGCCUCGCGGGCGGCUGCCCCCGCCGGCGCGGAGCCGGCGGCGGUCGAGCAGCCAGCCGCCCGCCCGCCCGCCCAGGCGCAGCCGGCGGCGGUCGAGCAGCCAGCCGCCCGCUCGCCCGCCCAGGCGCAGCCGGCGGCGGUCGAGCAGCCAGACGCGCGCCCGCCCGCCCAGGCGCAGCCGGCGGUGGUCGAGCAGCCAGACGCGCGCCCGCCCGCCCAGCAGAGCAGCGCGGAGGGGCCUCGCCCCAUCGGCAACGAGGUUCUGGAUCAGGGGGCGUGGAGCAGCUGCUCGGCACACGCCUGUGCAGCAGCAGCGAGUUCGGCGCUUGCGGCCAAAUGCGGCGUCUGGGUCGACGCGCGGCGGCUGGCAGAUCAGUUCAUGGAUCGUGGCUGCCUCAGUGCCCAGUGGCCCGGCCACCUGUUGGCCAGGGUCGGGACGCUGCGCCUGCUGGGCCGCGAGAGGGUUUUCACAUGCCUCUUCGCGGCGCGGGCCACGUCGAGCUUCAGCGAGGGGCGUGUCCCGACCCAUUCCCUCCUCGCGCUCCGCUGGGACGCGGCGGAAACCGGGAUUCGGUGCAUCGACAGCCACGGGGAGGCCGCGCCGUAUCCGCUCGUGCGGGAGACCGACUUCGAGCGCGCGUACUUCGUCGUAGCGCACAUCUCCGAUUGCGCCGUGCCCGGCCAGAAGGGCAAAGAAAUGCCAGCACCUGCGCCGCCUGUGCUCGCGGAUUGGGCGCGCCUCACUCCCAGGUGGCCGGGCGCCCGCGACUGA